GCAAUAAAUAUUCAAGCUUUUACUGCACCAUUUUUUUUACUUUCUUCUCCACCUUUGUUCACGCCGGAAUCGCAAAAGGCGGAGAAUACAAGACAACUUUCACCUUGUUCACGCCGGGCUUCGGAAUAGAUGAGGAUGCGGUCGGGUUUCACUGGGAAGAGAGCUGAAGGGCAUUUUCCUACACCACCAGUUAAAGAAAUAAUCUUGCAGAAUAAGAUGAAUGCAGCACAGGCGAAAGCUACCAAGUGGAGGCAAAAAAUGCUUCAUAAGGCGCAAAUAUAUCUUGAUUACAUGGCUAGGAAAGCCCAGCGUGAGGCAGCUGCCACUGCAGGUAUAUCAGAAAAUAUUGUCAAUGAGCGCCCAACAGAAGAUGUUGUAGACAUAUCGAACUCUAUUACUAAGGAUUCAACAGCUGCCACUACAGGUAUAUCAGAAAAUAUUGUCAAUGAGCGCCCAACAGAAGAUGUUGUUGACAUAUCGAACUCUAUUAAUAAGGAUUCAACAGCCCAUGAUACCAAACUUAAAGAUGCUUCAAUAGAUGUUGAAGUUGAAGACUCUGAGGAUGAUGAUAUGCCUGUAGUUCAAAGAAAACGCACAAGAAGUGCCACACGUGCUUUACUUAAAAGCUCGGACGCACAAGAAAAGGGUUGUUUCUCCAAGCGUGGGAGAUACACAAAAGAAGAAAAGGGUAAAUCUAUACUAGACCCCGGAAUGGUGGCUGAUACUACAAAAAUUGAGGAUGUGAACAUUGAGGACAAGAAGACAAAGGUGAAUGUACCGAAAAACCCUGUAGAUAUACGAUGUAAGCGUAGGGGGAGAAGGACAAAUCAGCCAAGGGAAGCUGAUAAUGUGGAAGGCGGCAAAUUUCCAAAGUUAAAUACGCGAACCUGUGUGGCAGCUUUGUUCGAUGGACUGAAAUUGAUGAACAAUCCCCAAAAGGAGUCUGUGAAAAAAAUGGGUUUUGGAGUCAUUCUAGAACUGUCUAUUAGGGAGAUACCAGGUCGGAUGGCUUAUUGGGUACUUGACCAUUUCAACUAUGAGAGCGGCGAAUUAGAGAUUUCACCUGAGAAGAAGAUUAAGGUGACAGAGGAUGACGUAUACCGUGUCUUUGGAGUACCUAGAGGAAACAAGGAAAUUGAGUUGUUUGAGAGAACUGAAACGAACGACCUGUUCGUGGAGUGGGUAACCUUUUUUGGGCAGCGUGGUAAAGACUCAAUCAAAAUAGGAGCAGUUGUGGAAAAGAUGCUUGACUGCACAGAUGGAGGAACAUGGUUCAAACGCCAUUUCAUGAUUGUAGUUGCUUUCUGCAUGUUUGAGAGUACAACUAAUGGGACAGUACACCCAUUUAUACUAAAUUGCUUGGUGAACUUGGACAAAUUAUGGGAGUGGAAUUGGGCUAGCUAUGUCAUGCGGAGUUUGUCAGAUCACAAAAAAUCCUGGGAGCUUGACAAGUCUAAGAUGUUCGUUGGACCGACAGCAUUUAUUGUGCUUUUCUAUGUGGAUCGUGUGCAAGUAUUGAACCAACCUGUAUGCAGAGCUCUACCAUUGUUCAAGAAUUGGACAACUAAGAUGUUGAGAGCCCGAGAAAAACGUGAAAAGGCUGCAAAGAAAUUUGGGACUGGCCCAAUACGGCAGCCGAUCCCCUUGCCAUAUGAUGAUGUGACUCCGGAACAUGAAGGUGUGAGUGAUAGGGCAGAUGUGUCGUCUUCGAACGAGGGCAGUUGGGGGAUGAGUAUAAUUAAAGAUGCAUUUGAAAUUUCGGAAAAGAUUGAACGAUUGAAAAAGUAUGUGAAAGAGACCCCAGAGUCAGUGUUCGAUGAUGCGAAUGCGGUUAAAAGGUUGGAAGAGGCUGAACAAAUUUUGGGCCUUAAACUGCGAGUGUUCAGUUCUGGAGCGGGUCCUACUACGCCUCACGUUCUCUUGGAUGACGACGCUUUUUACUCUGAUCCACCAGUCCUGAAGUCUAUUGAUGAAGCUUUUGAGGAUGCAAUUUCUAAGGGAAGCAGUAGAUUUCGAGAUGUGGCUGACAUACCCUCGUUCGACUUAGGUUUACCAGAUGCAAAUGUAGAAAAUAUCCCGGUUGGCCCGAUUGUGACACCAAGUGUGGAUCAUGCCAUUGCUAAAAAUAACAAUGAACAGGUAACCGCGUCAACGCCACCGACAACCACGACCAUGCCUGCCAGCGCAAUUAAAAACAAUGAGCAGGCCCAAGGCAUUGCACCAAAUUUUGAUGUCCUUGAAGAUGCAGUUCGAUCGACGAAUAUAAAUGAGGGUACAAAAACUUUGCAAGAACGGGAUGGAGAAGGUAGUCGAAGCGUCGAUAAGACAACUGGCGGUGGUCAGAUACGUGUUCAACCUGUAAAAGUUGUGGGAAUGUCCGCGGGCAAAGAAAAUGAAGGUUGCAGUUCGUUGUUGCCACCGGUGUGGAAGAUGAAAAAUACUCGAACAGGUGCAGAGAAACGAAUGAUUUUGGGCAGCUUGUCAACAAAUAUUGUGGGUCAGUUGUCUAUGAAACCAAAAAUAGCCAAGAAAGGAGGGUUCUUGAAAUCGGCAAACUUGAGAUCGCCUUAUCUACAGCGGGAAAUAAGUACAUCAAAGCAGUUGAACAAAACUGAGAAAGAAUUAGGGAUUUAUGGGAUGUACAAAGCAGAUGAUGAAGAGGAGGAAGUUAUGUUCUCGUACAAGGAUAUUGAGCUGCGUCGUUCGGACAUGUACACCUUAAGGAGAGGUGCAAUUGUAGGUGACUUUCUCGUCAGUGCAUGGUGUGUGAUACUAAACUCCAAUGAGCAGACAAGAUCAAACACAUCUCCAGCUCGUUUUUUUGCUUCAGUGAACAUUUUUCUGGACACAAUUUUUGGGAAAGACUUCUCUGUGCAAGCGAACAAGGAUGUGUUUUUUGAUUUAAUGACUGCAGAGCUUACAGAUUACCACAACAGUCCGUUAAAAGAGAUAGAUCUUUUCUUUUUCCCAAUCAAGGAGAAUGACAUCUUCUAUGCUAUGUGCGUGGACACACGCAAGGGAAAGAUAUUCGUAUUGGAUAGCACAAUCGACCCUAAUAGUGCACGCGACACAACGAACUAUGAAAAACUUGCAACGGUACUGCGAUUUGCGUUGGCAGAGUACCUUAGGCACAAUAGCGAGUUUGCUAAGGCAGACGCAGUCUCUCGUACCCAAUUGCAUCUUGUAAAGAUGAAAUGGGCUGACCGCAAGAAUACAAUUGAUACGGGUGUGUACCUUAUGCGUCAUUUAGAGACAUUUAUGGGCGAUGGAUCACCAAGCUGGAAAUGUGGAAUGUCAUCAUCGUCCCCGCGUUUGAUAGGUCGCUUGAGAGUUAGAUAUUGUGCAAGAAUCUUAGAUUGUGAAUACAACGAUGCAAGGGAAGGUGUUCUAAAGGGUGCAUCAGAGCAUUAUCAGACCUUGUGCGCAGAUACUAUGUUCAACGCUCAGUUUGUGCUGCUUGGAUGAGAGUGCAUGAAUAAGCUAUGAAUAUUGCUUCCAUUUGAAUUGUUGGAUGAAUAUUGUUUUGUUUUAAUUUUCCACUAAUAAUGGUACUAUAUGAUCUUGAAGUUUUCAAUA